AAAAAAACAAAAGCAAGCUUAUACAGCACACAGUGUAUCCGUGUACGCAAAUGGUGUACAUCAUAUAACCGCACCCCUGCCCGCUCGACGCAAUGCCAUCUAUCUUAACCCUCCCCAUAUCUAUAUAUAAAGCCCAUAUAAAACCCCCUCUGCUGUGCGCUCUCCAAAUCCUAAUGCAAUCCCUCAUCCCCAAUCACAGCCCAAAUCGUCUCUUCCGAUCCACCUUCGAUCGCUGGAGUCACCCUUUUGCCCUUUGCAACCCUUUUUGUUGAUCGAUUUUGGUGGAUUUGCGAGCUCAGGAGAUGCUGGAGGAGGAGGAGAGGAAAGAAGGCAUGAGGAUGGGGAAGCAGGAAGACAGGGAGAUUGAGAUGUUGUUGAACGAGAUCCCCCGUGCGACGUCUCCCCACCUUUAUCAUCAUCGCCUCUUCGCUUGCGGAGGCGACGGCGACAUGCACGCUCGCCAUGGCAUGUGCCUUGGGAUUCGUGAUGUCGAUGGGUACGGGUGUUGGUGCGGGAGUGGGCAUGGCCAUGGCCAUGGCCAUGGCGGCGGCCAUGCAUGCCUUCUCCCGCCGCCGCACCCUCCUUCGGAGGGGUCGUCGUCGUCCUCGUCGGGGUCCGGCUUACUCUCAGGCAGGCUCUCCCCGACCGUCGAUGAACAGACGCAGCAGCGGUUGCCCUCUGCCGCGAAGGAUCGGAUGCUAGUAGAACUUGGCUUGCUCGACAAGCUUAACGAUAUUCAUCUGGGGACCGAUCCGAGAGCACCAAAUGGUCUUCCGCCGAUGCCGGCAUCGAUGGAAGAGAACAUCCCGACCUUCCCGUCUCUGUUCCAGACUAAGUAUCGAGAUGAUUAUAGCGCGUAUGGUCACUCCCUUAAUCCAAACCCUCUGUUGUUUGAUGUAGAUAAGAACCGAUACCUAUCUCAAUUGCAGCAGCAUUGCCCCGUAGAGGCAAACUUAGUCGAGCCAUGGCUCGAGAGCUUCCCUUAUGGAUCAACAGGGCUGGGUGCUGAUGGAGCCCUUGGAAGAGAUUCUCACUAUAGGGGGAGUUUUGCUGGGGGCUUGGCUUCCUCUAUGAAUCGAUCUUAUCCCAUUUCUGAUAUUUUCAUGCAAUCGGGAAAGAUAAGAAUGGAUUGCAAUUGGGAUGGGAACGCAUUGGCUGCCUCAAGAUUGCCUCACAAUUUUCUGGUAUCAAAUGGACGACCUCAAUCUGUGAGAAUCCAGAGAAACAUUGAGGCUGUUGGAUCUGAGGGAAGUUUGGUUAUACAGGACAAGUUGCCCCAUCACAUGAGGAACCAAUGGAAUCAUCUCCUUAGGGAAAAUAAAGUAUCAAAGUUUGAUGAAGAGUUGAAUGCACAAAGGAUCCCUGUGAAGCUUCCAACAUUUCCACUGAAGUAUGAUAACUUGAUGGGCUUCAAAGGACGUACCUAUUAUAUUGCAAAGGACCAGCAUGGGUGUCGGUCCUUGCAACGGAAGCUUGAUGAAGGGAAGCAUCAGGUUGAUAUGAUUUUUGAUGGGGUUAUCGAGCAUGUUGUAGAGCUCAUGAUGGAUCCCUUUGGUAAUUAUCUCAUGCAGAAGCUAUUGGAAGUAUGCAGUGAAGAACAACUGAUGCAGAUACUCUUCGUGUUGAAGGAAGAUCCAACUAACCUUGUCAGGAUCUCCCUAAACAUUCAUGGGACAAGAUCUGUGCAGAAGUUAAUAGAGACACUCAAAACGAGGCAGCAAAUUGCACUGGUUAUAUCAGCCAUGCAACAUGGGAUUCUAGAUCUGAUCAAGGACUUAAAUGGCAGUCAUGUGCUUCAACGUUGCUUAGAAUCUUUUAAACCUGAAGAUAACAAGUUCAUCUUUGACGCUGCUGCAAAGCAUUGUGUUGAUAUUGCAACUCAUCGACAUGGAUGUUGUGUGUUGCAAAAAUGUAUAGCAUCUUCUAUUGGAGAAGAUAAAGCAAAGUUGGUUUCAGAAAUAUCGGCUAAUGGCUAUGAACUUGCUCGUGAUCCUUUCGGAAAUUAUGUCGUCCAGUAUAUUGUCGACCUGAAUAACCCUUUAGCAAGUGCAAAGUUGGUAUCACAAUUUGAAGGGAAGUAUGUACAGCUCUCUGUUCAGAAAUUUAGCAGUAACGUGGUGGAGAAAUGCUUGAGGGUUUUUGGUGAAGAUGCUCGAGCCACUAUAAUAACUGAAUUGCUUUCGGUCUCUCAUUUUGAGCAAUUACUGCAGGACCCUUAUGCGAACUAUGUCAUCCGAUCUGCACUUGAAAAUUCCAAGGGUUCUCUCUAUGCUGCACUAGAAGAAGCCAUCCUUCCUCAUGAAGUGAUGCUGAGAACCAACCCUUACAGCAAGCGAAUCUUUUCACGAUUACGACUGAAAAAGUGAUGUAGAUUUGGGACUCUUUAGAAACUGUUGUUGUCUUGAGUAGUAUCACUUUUCAUGGAGCUGCCUUUGUAGGAGUGGAGUUUCUUAUUUAUCAAGUUGCAUGAGUUGUAAAAAUAAGCAGUUUUACUUCCAAAUGCUUCUCGCUGUAAUAUUCUGCCAUGAUUUUGUUCAAGAUUGAAUCACCCUUUGCUGCUGGUGAUUGUAUAGUUUAGAGACAUGCUUUUGACCUUCCGUUAAUGAGAUUAAUAGGAGAUUUUUCGUUUUUUUAAAUGA